AUGUUCGCCCGCCAUGCCUCUCACCCGCGCCAGACCCUGAUCGCGGCUUUUGUGGCCUGGAAGGCCCUCCUGCUAGCCAUCGCCCUGGGCAGCGCUGUGGCGCCAUCCUACGAUACCUCGACGACGCUGAUGCUCCAGCGUAAUGAGUCCGACGUUUCCAUUGUCACCCGCCUAACGCGCUGGGACGCUCUGUACUUCACCCAGUCCGCCCGACGAGGCUACGUUUUCGAGCAGGAAUGGGCUUUCAACACCGGCCUGCCCCUCGUCGUGUCGGGCCUGGUCGAGGUUGCGCGGUUGCUUGGCAUCAAUGGUGACGGCACCGGGGCCCUGGAAGCGGCUCUCAGCAUUGCGGUCGCUCAUGCAGCGCAUAUCUUUGCCGUAAUGAUGCUUCACGAGCUGACGCUGAAGCUCUUCUCCCGCUCCCGGUUGGCAUUCCUGUCCGCCUUGCUUCACGUCCUGUCUCCGGCGGGUCUCUUCCUCUCGGCACCCUACGCGGAGAGCCUUUGCGCCUUCUUUUCCUUCGCCGGCUAUUACGUCCUCGCAUGCGUCGCGAACCAGCCCAAAGGUUCUCUCCGCUGGACCGCGGGGCAUAUUCUCGCCGGCGCCGUCUUUGGUCUCGCAACAGCCUCGCGCUCCAACGGCCUCCUGAACGGCCUCCCCUUCGCCAUCGAGUGUCUAAUGAUCCUCCCCCCACUCCUCGCCAGCCCUACGAACCUCAAAACCAUCGCGGCUCUGUUUGGUCCCAUUGUUGGCGGGCUCCUCGUGGCGACCGGGUCCGUCGUCCCACAGUUGCUGGCGUGGUUGCGAUACUGUUCCGGCGCAUCCGAGGCGCGCCCAUGGUGCGAGCGGACCGUGCCCAGCAUCUACUCCUUUGUACAGGAACAUUACUGGGGCGUGGGCUUGUUCCGCUAUUGGACGCUAUCGAACAUUCCUCUGUUCCUUCUUGCCGCCCCGGUGCUGGGAUUGCUAAUCGUCUCCGGGUGGCAUGUCAUGACCACGCCCUCGGGGUUGGCGCGGAGCCCGACGGAGGAGAAGCCAUUGCUGCGACUGGAUGGCACGAAGGCGGCCUUGGUGUUUUCCAUGGCGGCGGCCCAGGUCCUGCUUGCCGUCAUGGCGAUCACGACGUACCACGUGCAAAUCAUUACCAGGAUCGCGUCCGGGUACGCGGUGUGGUACUGGUGGGCUGCUGGGUGCCUGCUGGACGACAGCGCCGACGGCAAGCGGCGGCACUUGGGCGGUAAGAUUGUGACUUUCUCGGUCAUGUAUGCUGCGAUUCAGGGUGUGUUGUUUGCGUCGUUUCUACCGCCUGCUUGA